UACAUCGGGUGAAAGUGCAGAACCAAAAACAGCAGAGUCAGCGGGAGCAAAGCGGAAAGAGAUGAUGUGUUGAUAAAAGCAGCUGAUGUUGUUUUCCAUUGUGCAUUCAGGGAAGUGGCUGCUGUCAAAGAGAGCCCAAGUGCAGCAGGGAUUAGCCCACAAGCCACAGCCUGCCUCAGGUCAAUAAAGUGCAAAGGCAAACAGCUGAUAUGCCUCACUGGCCCGGAUAAAGGCACUGUCAGGGGCCAUAGCUCAUGAGGAGCAAAAAGCAAAGUCUGAUUAGAGCCCAAACAGGAAACCAGCUGAUCCAUCAGUUCUGGUAACCGCCUCUCUGAUUAAAUGUGUCUUGAUCAGCUGACUGGGAGCAUGUUUAAAACCACAAAUGUUGUACACUGCGUUAACGAGGUGUUUGGUUUGAAAUGCGCACCGUUUAAUAUGUCAACAGCCGCUAGAGGUCGCACACCACACAGACAGGGUUAUGAAUAGGAUGCUUUAUUCUCUCAUUCUGGGCGGUAUUAUCAGUUUAAAUUGGACGUAAGCUUGUUAGCGGGUCGCCUGAAAGAAUCACGGGGAACGUUUAACUCUAUUGUCGCUCAUUAGGAAUGGAAAACUAGGUGUAAUGGACUCCAACAGUGAAGACGGUGACUACCCAAACCUCGCAAAUGCCUUCCAGCAGGAUGCAUCUCAGUACAGGGUGACCUAUACUCAUGGGAGAAACACGAAAGAGGUGGAGGACUUCAACAAAAAGAGGUUUCCUGUAAGUCGCUCUUGCCACAACCCAGGCAGAGUGAAGCGGGUUGUGUCAUGUAAGAGGAAGACCCACCACUUGGCUGUGGCCCGGAGGAAGCAACCCGGGACCGGGAGGCCCUGUGAUGCUGCAAACAAGGAGAACGAGAUGAAGUGCGCACAGGACGUGCAACAGGAGAUAUUUGACAUGGACCCUUGGGAGUUUCCGCUUAAUGUCAAUAACAACCACAGGACUGGUAGAACUGGUCCUGAACAAGCCGACUACUGUACGCUCACUGAGCUCACAAGGGAUCACAGCACAAUGACUGACGUGCUCUUUGGAAGACAUCUGAGACUGAAAGUGUCUUUAACACUCUGGCAGAGAAACAUAGGAGAGCUGCUAACAUACUUCCUGAGGAUCCAAGAUAUUGGUGUGUUUGUCGAUUUCCUCCCACUGAUAAGCAAAAGCAUAGAUGAAGAUUCUUCCAGGAUCACCAUUGGCUGUUGUGUUGACCUCUUUCCUUUAGUGAAGAAAGUCCUCACAAAUCCAUAUGAAGAGUAUCUCAUCGUAGGUUUAACGUGGAUAAAUUCAGUUUUGAAAAACUGGGGCGAGGAACUGAGAGCAAGUGGUUACCAUGGAUCAACUAAACUGCCAUCAGAUAAGAACUUCCAGGUCUUUAAUCAGCAGUUAUUGGAGUUAUGGCAUCAGGAACCUUUGCUGAAAACUGUUCCAGGGACUGCAGGAGACUUGGCAAAGGUCAUUGAUUUCUUCCUAUCUCAACUUACUUGACGGCAAAGAAGAACCAUAACAUAUUUUUUCUUUUGUAGCAGCCCCACAAAAACUCAAGAAUCUUUAGUCCAAUCAUUAGACUGGAGCUUUACAUAUUUAUUGCCUUACAGGACAACUUGAUCAGAGGCACCACAACUGUGCAAUAUAUUUUAAAUUCAAUCAUUGACCAAGUAGGGUGUUGUAAUUAUGAUCAAGACAUUUUUUUUUAUUUUUUUUUUUAGGAAAAUGUGAGUUUGAUGGAUAUGUUGUGAGUGUCUAUUCCCUUUGAUUGCUCAGUCUAUGGUGAAUAAAGUUUGUAUUUAAAAUUC